AUGAAUUCUCUGGCAUUAAAUAUUAAAUCAAAAGGACCAUUUGAAUUAAACCUUCCCAAAAAAGCAACCGAUAAAUUUCAUUUAUCCGCUUUAAAAUUAACGGAUAUACCACAAAUUGUUUCAUUGCUUGGACCAACAAAUAUAAAUUCAAUUGAUAUUCAUAAAAAUACUUCUUCAUUGCCAAAUCCUUAUACAUUAUCAGACGCAGAAUGGUUUGUUAAUAAAUGCAUAGUAGAAUAUACAAAAACAUUACAAUGUAAUAUAUGGGCGAUUCGUAAUUCAAAUGAAGAAUUUAUUGGAUGUAUUGGAUUACAUGAAAUAUUAAAAGAAAAAUAUGCUGUCGACGAUGAUCAAGAUAAAAAGUUAUUUAAUGAAUCGUAUGAAAUUGGAUAUUAUAUUUCUUCAGAAUACAGAGGUUUAGGUAUCGUUAGUGCUGCUGCAAAUUUUAUUUGUAAUGAGAUUGCUUUUAAAGAAUUGCAUUUAAAUUAUAUUAUUGGUAUGGCUUUUGCGAAUAAUGAGCAAAGUCAUAACGUACUAAAAAGAUGUGGUUUUAAAUUUGUUAAAUUAUUGAAAGACGCUUUAAAAAAGGGCGAUGAGAUGAGAGAUGUCUAUUGGUUCAUUAAAGAAAGAGAAGUAGAACAAAUUCAUAAUAUUUUAUAA